AUGGUGGAUCGUCUGCCGGCUCUUACGCCCUCCAAGGGCACGGAGACGAAAAGCUCGCUGAAAAAGAAGACGGACGACUACGCCCUUUGCCAGGAGUAUGCCGCCUACAUCGCGCAGCUGCGUGGGCUGCUUGAGGAGACAACUGGGCAGCCACCGGCGGGCGUGCGCACGGCCGAGGUCGAGCACCGCAUUACCUUGAUCCAGUCCGCUUUGGACGAAGUAGAGCGACUCAGUGCCGAGGCCCGCUGGCGCAUCGAGCUCCGUAACAAUCAACGCUUCUUGGACACCUACGAGCGACGCAUCCAGAUGGAGGAGGAGGCGGAGCAGAAGCGGCAGACUGCCGAGAAGGAGCGCAUUGCACAGGUGGAGGAGAUGCGUAGCAUGCAGCACGCCUACUACAAAAAUCGCAACGACCGCACCGAUGCCAAGGCGCACCAGUGCCGAGCCUACAAUGAACAGGUGCAGGAACAGACGGUGAUGAAGGCGGGAUCGAAUGAGGAGCGUCGCACACGAAACUUAGCAAAUCUUGAAGCCGAGCGCCAGCGCAAGCAGAAGGAGCUGCACGACCGCGAGCAGGCGAAGCAAGACUACGCGCGCAAGGUGCGAGAGCGUCAGGCUAGGAAAGAUGCGGAGAAGCUGGCAGAGAAGAUGCGGUUGGCUGAGAUUCACCAGCAGGAGAUGGAGGCAAAACUAUGCGCGAUUCGCGAGUCAAGGCGCAGCAAGUGGGUGAUGAAAAAGGAGGCCAGUCGCGCUAAGUCUGUGGUGGUGUGGAAAAACGGUGAGGCCAUCUUGGAGACGCAGCGCAAGAACCACGGCUGCCUCGUGGAGGAGCUGGAGCAGCGGCAGCGGCACCAGGCAAGCCGCUACGCGGAGGAGAAGGCGGAACAGGCGGCAUAUAUUGAGCAGCGCAGGCUACUCCACGCCGCCCGGCAGGAGCGGCAACAGGAGAACCUCCGCCAGCUUGUUGAAAAGCGUGUGGCGCGUGGCGUCGAGAUUGUAAAGACCACGGAGGAGAAGAAAGAGCGGGCUGAGCAGGCAAAGGAGCGGCAGGCGACGCAGUACGUCGAGGCCGGAAGGCUACUCGAUGAAGACGUGCAGCUUCACCGCCAGCGUGCGCGAAAAUUGCAGGAGCGCCGCGCGAACGAAUCCCUGACACAGAAUUACAGGCGCUGGAACCACCGCGCCGCGCGCAUCAUGGAGGAGCUGCAUGAAACCAUGGCGAAGGUGGAGGCCGAGGCGGAGCAGCGUGCUGCUGCAGCAAACAGCCAACAAAGGUCGUUAGCAUAUGGCAAUAGUCGGCGUUCCUGGACAUCGUUUGAACAGGUCGACACCCCUAAGCGCGACUGCCCUAUCGUGUCGCUCCCGUCCCCCACCGAGUUUGCUGUGUAG